AUGACUUGGGAAACUAGUAAUACUGUCUUAGUGACCGGCGGCGCUGGAUAUAUUGGCUCUCACACGGUAAUUGUCUUGCUGGAAAAGGGAUAUAAUGUCGUUAUUGUUGACAAUUUAUGCAAUUCCAGAUAUGAAGCCAUCAAGCGAAUCCAAAAGUUGACAGGAAGAGACCUUAUUUUUUACAAGGUGGAUUUGUUGAAUGAGAAAGACUUGGACGAGGUCUUCGUGAAACACCCCAUUUCCUCUGUUAUCCAUUUUGCAGGGUUAAAGGCAGUGGGCGAGUCUGUCAAGAUCCCUUUGGCCUAUUACAAAAAUAACAUUACUGGCACUGUUCAUUUGUUGGAAUGCAUGAAGAGACAUAAUGUGAGAGAUUUUGUUUUUUCUUCUUCUGCAACAGUUUAUGGUGAUCCCACUCGUCCAGGCGGAACCAUUCCUAUUCCAGAGUCCUGUCCUCGUGAAGCUGCCAAUCCCUAUGGGAAAACCAAGCUCUUCAUUGAAAACCUUAUUGAGGAUGAGAGCAAAGCUUCCGGAUCGCUCAACGCCGCACUUCUCCGCUACUUCAAUCCUGGAGGUGCUCACCCAACUGGUGAAUUGGGUGAAGACCCUCUGGGCAUCCCUAACAAUCUCAUUCCUUACAUUGCGCAAGUUGCGGUUGGCCGUCGGGAGUAUUUGAGCGUCUUUGGGAAUGAUUAUCCAACACCCGAUGGAACUCCUAUUCGAGACUACAUUCACGUUUGCGAUCUCGCAGACGCUCACGUUGCUUCUUUAGCCUAUUUGCAACGUAAUUAUGUUGGAUGCCGUGCUUGGAAUUUGGGCUCUGGAACUGGCAGCACUGUUUUACAGAUUCAUCAUGCCUUUUCCAAGGCAGUGGGAAUGGAACUUCCUUACGAGAUUACCCCUAGGCGAGACGGCGACGUCGUCAAUUUGACAGCCGAUCCAAAGCGCGCUAAUGAAGAGCUCGAGUGGAAGACCAAUCGAAGCAUUGAUGAAAUUUGCGCUGAUGUCUGGAAAUGGCAACGUAAGCAUCCAUAUGGAUUUGACUUUUAUAAGGCAAACUCCAGUGCCAAUUCCAAUUAG